CCGCGGCGGAGGGCGGGCGGGAGGCGGCGGCAGGCCCAGCCCCCGGUCGCAGAGCCCGGGGCGGCUCCUCGGCGAGCUGGGACCGCCGCGCUGCCGCCGCCGCCGCGCGCUGGCGUGAUUCCCGGCCCGCGCCGCGCCCUCCCGCGCUGCAGCCGACUCGGCGCCCUGUCCGCCCAGACGCCGCUGCUCCCGGGCUCUCGGUCUCGGCUCCGCGGAAGGCGAGGAAAUGAGUGCGGCGGCGGCGCCCGAGCGGGGUUGGAAGAGCGAGAAAGUGGACGAGGCUCAGGCCCUGGCGCGGAGUUGCGCCGCCCGCAGACCCGACUUCCAGCCGUGCGACGGGCUCUCCAUCUGUGCCACGCACAGCCACGGCAAGUGCUUCAAGCUGCACUGGUGCUGUCACCUAGGAUGGUGUCACUGCAAGUACGUGUACCAGCCUAUGACCCCCGUGGAGCAGCUCCCCAGCACCGAGAUUCCUGUGAAACCCCGGGAGCCCACGAACACCAUUCAGAUCUCAGUCUCCCUCACUGAACACUUUCUGAAAUUUGCAUCUGUCUUCCGGCCUCCCCUCCCGCCUGACUCCCCAAGGUACUGUAUGAUCUCAGACCUCUUUAUUGACAACUACCAGGUUAAGUGUAUUAAUGGGAAGAUGUGUUACGUGCAGAAGCAGCCGGCACCGCAUUCCCACAAAAUGAGCCCUCAGGAGGUCUCCGCACACGAUGCCUUAAUUUCAAAAGAGAGCAAUACACCAAAAAUAGAUCACUGCUCUUCUCCCUCAAGUUCUGAGGACUCUGGGAUCAAUGCCGUCGGGGCUCACUAUGUGGAAUCGUGUGAUGAGGACACGGAGGAAGGAGCAGAAUUGAGCUCAGAGGAAGACUACAGUCCAGAGAGCAGCUGGGAGCCGGACGAGUGCACCCUUCUCUCCCCGUCGCAGUCCGACCUGGAGGUGAUCGAAACGAUAGAAACCACCGUGUGAGGCCGGGCAGGAAGCCGCGUCCUCUGGUCUCUGCUGCGCUUUGUACUCGUGUUGAUGGACCCUUUGCCAGUGCAGUUGGUAUUUUCGACCCCUAACAACUGUAGCAGUUCAGUGGUCUGCUGAUUAGCUAAACUCUUAAAUUAGUCUUAUAACUAAGAUAUUUGUUUUCUUUUGUAUCUUGACUUACUUUCUAUGUAGCAUCUGGUGUCAAGAAUUGUGACCCAGCCUUAAUUUCACUGGGAACUUUGUGAGCGAUGAUGUGAUGAUCACAGAGGAUCAUGGACCAGGUUGAGAGCUACCCAGAGUGGAGGAGACAGUAUUUUCUAAACCCCCAGUUCUUCACAGAGAAACUGUUGGCAUUCCUUUUGGCAUGCUGACAGGCACCCCCACUGCCCUGCAAGUCCCAUGUGGGAAUCGGCUCUCGUGAGGGGAACAGACUGGGUCCUGGUAGAUGCCAUUCUGUCCCUUUCCUCUUCCCACCACCUGCCUGGGGCAGGGCCAGUUGCCUGGCUUACUUCCAGGAGGGCACUGGGGGCCAGCUCAGCCCCUAGCUAUGAUCAGUGUCUGCACAACCCUCCAUGACCUUCAUUUAAGAAGAGAUGACAUCUUCAAUUUCAUGCUCAAUCCAGCUUUAGCUGAGUGCCUACACUCUGCAGGGUGCUGUGGGGAUUCAGAAUGAAUAAGACCUGACUCCCCACAUGAAGGGAACCACAGUCCAGGAGGGGAGAUAAUACAUGCAGAUAACAUUACCCAGAAUUCUCUGGGAACCCAGGGGAAGGAGAGAUGUACUUGGCUUGUAGCUAGGGAAUGUGUUGCAGCAUUUGAGAUGGUCUCUUGGGUGGGUUUCCCAACAUUUCCCUGCUUUUUUUAAUUGUUCUUCAAAUCUGGGAAAAACUUUUAGGAAGUUAUAUAGGUAUUAUAUUUAGGAAGCAGCCACAUCUGAUGUCUUAAGAAACUAUCAGUAAUAGUUUUAGUUAGCAUGGAAAUGCUAAAGACAGCAGUCCUUUAGGGAUUAGGAAUGAAUCUAACAGGUUUGAUGAAUUCUGCUUCAUUUGGUUGUAUGAAGCAUUAGAAUGGCUUAGGUGGGAAAUGGGUUAGAAUUCAUUAUGAUGCAUGGGUUUUUAUGCAAAUGCAAACGCAGUUGAAGUAGUUCACUGCUAAGUCAGGAGAAAAUAUUUUGUGUGAUAUUCAUCCACUUUACUACAGUAAUAUUAAUGGUCUGUUGUACAUGUUCUCUUUUCUCACACACAAAAUAGUGAAUAACUUUUCCUUAUUUAGCUUUCUUCAGAAUUCUCCUCCCAUCUCCAUUUAUACCAGCUGUUCCUGUGCGAGCUGGCUGUCUGCCAUUUCUCCAAAGCUUCUCUCUGGGAGGCACGUUAAGAGUCCAGGAAGUUUAACACUCAGCCUGGUGACACUAGAGCAAUCCAAGCUGGAGACAGAACACUGUUUCUGACGUCCUAACCGUCGGGACUGUGCCCUCGCGGCACUGCCUCCUGCUCUGUCAGCAUGGCGGCACCGCUCUUCUGCGUUAUGUCCGUCUGUAUCUUAAGAAAUAAGAAGAGGCCCGUGUGUUCUUCCCUGAAGCCUCCACUUGACUUCCUUCACAGGUCAUUAGGCAAAUCUGCUUUCCCGCUGUAUGUGUAGUUUACGUGCUUGGCUAGAACACUCGUUAGGUUUGGGUGCCCAGACAUCCAUGGGGUUUACAGUAUGCAGAUUCCUUUGAGAACAGUGCUAGCUAAAGCUUUCUUAGCUAGAUGAGAAUAUGGCGUAAGGUUUCCACCUACUGAAAUGUAAGGACUCAAUAAGUCAAGCCGAUAAGGGGGUGACAGGAGCUCCAGGAACAGGGGCUCCCCGCCUCCCCCCUCCCCCAGCCAGCCCAGCCCAGGUGGCUCAGGGACAGACAUCUGCUGAGCCUCCUGGGGUUCAUGGUGCCUCCAUGACUGAGUGGACAGAUGAAGGCGAGCAUAGAAGCUGUGCAGUCAGCAGCUGUGUACUCACGGUGGUAACAGCAACAUAGCACCCUCCUCCCCCUCCUCCCCCUCCCCCUCCU